GCGGGCCGAGCCAGUCGGCUCCGCGCUUCACGCGUGUGCGCAUCUCGCGUAGUGUCUCUGUCGCGCCGUCGCGUCUGGCGAUUUCGAGAGAGCAGUCCUUCCUUUCCCUCCACCCGAGGGAGAAAGAGAGAGGGAGAGAGAUUCGUACGAGUCGCUCGCGCGGUGUGAUUUACCGGUCGGCGAUUUAUUAUUAAUAGGUAAUUAAAAUUACCGCGUGCGAUUGAUAAUUUAGCGCGUUUCGUUUUUUUCUCGUUGACGACGCGCCGGCUGAAGACGAUGAGGAUAGCGAGGAUGUGAGAGCGGCACACCUGGGGAGCGUCUCCGAGUCGGUACGAUGGCGCGGAAAUGGUGACGAAUUUCAAUAUUGUACAUCUGGCCGCUCGUCCUAAGGGACACAUAAACCAAAAGUAAGGAUGGCCUUUCACUGGGAUAAGCUCUCGCCAGCAGAAUUUCAACAACUCCAGGACUUGGCAGCUUAUUCCACACGGAAACUUCAGGAUGUUUUGACUGAAUUUUGCGGAAGUAAUACGACGCCGAGUGGUGUGCCAAAAUAUCAUCCAGACGGAGACAUCGAUUACGAGGGUUUCCGUAAAUUCCUGAAUUCGUACUUGGAGAUUGAUACACCAGAUGAAUUGUGUCGACACCUUUUUCUCUCAUUCGUCAGGAAAGAUUCACGUGGAGUGGACGGCAAAGCUUUCAAAGAGAUGGCUGUGCUCUCCUCAACAACCGCCUGUGCCGCAAUUACGUCACACACGACUUCCAGCAGUAACGUUAAUAGCACCGGCGUACCUGGUGGAACUUCCGCGGAGACCCACGGAUCUACGUUGGCUGAUAAAAUACAUGGAAUUACGGAAAAAUUGCAAGCACUGGGUCACCACAGAACGGAGAGCGAAGUCUCCAAGACGCGAACCGGAAGCGUACAUCCAAUGUUAACAGUCACCCAUACAUCAUACAGCUGUUACGAUGUGCUAGAGAAAAAGAGCACAGAUAGUAGUCCAAGUCACAGCCAAAUGUCGCGAAAUUCGUCCAGGAAGUCGAACAAUUCCCUCCUCGUCAACAACGGGAAAUUGGAAGAGAUGAGGCAUCUCGUCAGAAAGCAGAGCACAAUAGAUGUCCAAUCUGUUAAAGUCAGUCUCAAAGACAUCGUUUGUUACCUUUCUCUCCUGGAAGCCGGCAGACCGGAGGAUAAACUGGAAUUCAUGUUCCGGCUGUAUGAUACGGAUGGGAACGGUGUCCUUGACACGAACGAGAUGGACUGCAUCGUGAAUCAAAUGAUGAAUGUCGCGGAAUAUCUCGGUUGGGAUGUCACAGAGCUGAAACCGAUCCUACAGGAUAUGAUGAUAGAAAUUGAUUACGAUGCAGAUGGUACAGUCUCAUUGGAGGAAUGGAAACGAGGGGGUCUUACAACAAUUCCUCUCUUGGUUCUUCUGGGUCUAGAUUCCCACGUAAAAGAAGAUGGGAAUCAUCUGUGGAGAUUGAAACAUUUCAGUAAACCAGCGUAUUGCAAUCUUUGUCUAAAUAUGCUGGUUGGUCUCGGCAAAAAAGGACUCUGUUGCGUUUUUUGCAAAUACACAGUACAUGAGAGAUGCGUUCAAAGAGCGCCUGCCUCCUGUAUAGCCACUUAUGUCAAAAGCAAAAAAACAUCCCAGACAAUGAUUCAUCAUUGGGUCGAAGGUAAUUGCCACGGGAAAUGUUCCAAGUGCAAAAAAACGAUCAAAAGUUACAACGGCAUCACCGGAUUACACUGCAGAUGGUGUCAAUUAACGUUGCAUAAUAGAUGCGCGUCACAAGUACGAGCGGAAUGUACGCUUGGAGAGCAUGCGGUACAUAUCCUUCCACCUACAGCGAUUUGUCCCGUUGUGCUAGAUAGACAAAGAUCGUUAUCGAGGGAUAGCAAACGAGGUAGCAAACACGGUCAAGAUACUUCAUCCGUCAGCUCCGGUGGUUUCCUAAGCUGCGGUAGUUCGAAUCAACAACCAGCUAUGUCUUUUCAAAUUUCUCCACCGGAGGACACAAUGCCGCUCUUAGUAUUCAUAAAUCCAAAAUCGGGUGGCCGACAAGGGGAGCGAAUGCUACGAAAAUUUCAAUACAUUUUGAAUCCUCGACAGGUCCAUAAUCUAGCGAUUGGUGGACCUAUGCAGGGUUUACAAAUGUUUAAGGAUGUGGAGAAUUUUAAAGUAAUCUGUUGUGGCGGAGAUGGAACUGUUGGCUGGGUUUUAGAAACGAUGGAUCGUGUACAAUUUGAAAAACAACCUGCUGUUGGCGUUAUACCUCUCGGUACAGGAAAUGAUCUCGCAAGAUGUUUACGCUGGGGUGGUGGUUACGAAGGAGAAGCAGUGCACAAAGUGCUUAAGAAAAUAGAAAAAGCGACGCAGGUAAUGAUGGAUCGCUGGCAAAUAGAAGUUUCGGAUCAAAAAGACGAGAAGAAACCGAAUCAAGACAGUAUACCAUACAAUAUCAUUAAUAAUUAUUUCUCGGUUGGCGUUGACGCUGCCAUUUGUGUCAAAUUCCAUAUGGAAAGAGAGAAAAAUCCUGAGAAAUUUAAUAGCAGAAUGAAAAAUAAGCUGUGGUACUUUGAAUACGCAACUACGGAACAGUUUGCUGCCAGUUGCAAAAAUCUUCACGAAGAUCUCGAAAUAAUCUGCGAUGGUACACCUCUAGAUUUGGCGCAUGGGCCAUCUUUACAAGGAGUCGCAUUGUUAAACAUUCCUUUUACUCAUGGAGGUUCGAAUCUUUGGGGUGAACAUCAUACGCGGCAUCGUCUUGGUAAACGAAAAAAGCGACCGGAUAAAGAACUUAGUACCAGUAGUUUCAAUUCCGUAGAUCUCACCGCCGCGAUUCAAGACAUUGGGGAUAAUCUCAUAGAAGUAAUCGGUUUGGAGAACUGUUUGCACAUGGGUCAAGUGAAGACUGGAUUGCGACAUUCCGGUAGAAGACUAGCCCAAUGCAGCAGCGUCACUAUCAUUACAAACAAACGAUUCCCCAUGCAAAUCGACGGAGAACCUUGGAUGCAAGGUCCUUGCACGAUUCGCAUUACACAUAAAAAUCAAGUACCAAUGUUGAUGGCACCACCGCCAGACAAGAGUAAAGGCUUCUUCCGGUUUUUAAGGAGAUGAAUACAAUAAGCUUUACGCUUUUAGCGAAGGAGGAUGGAUUCUAUCGAGUGAAAAGAUCAAUUCUAACUCAAUCUCUAAUCCAGUCUUGUUAUUGUCCGGCAUGUUUAAUCCUCUUUAUUAUGACAGCUGUAUCGAUUUCAUACGUAGUCGCAGCUUUUCAUCUAAAUGCGAAGAACGCGAGCUCAGAUACUCAUUUAAACACGAAGAACGCGAGCGUCAACGCGUCAUAGGUAUUUUUAUGUACAGUAUUUUUCAAACUAAACGGAAUUUCAUGUCUUAGUCUUAGAUAUGCCAAGCGGUAGGCUCGACUGUCUUUAAGCCUUGAAUGCUAGCAAUUUUUGAUCAUUUUUUAAUUCUCAAUUGGCGAAAUAAAAACAUCGAGCGGAAAAGGAUUAAUUCGCCAUACGAUAAUAAUUCUGUCGCUUAACUUACGUAUUGCCUUUCAGCUGCGAAUCGAUAGAGAUUAUAUUAAUAUUAAUGAAAAAGAAAUUGUGAUUAAAGUAUCUUUCAGAUUUAGCGAAAAUAAACUCGUUUGUAAAGAUGUCGCCCUUUCAAUUAAGAGUCAAGUUACUUCGCGCAAGUCAUCAAUUGCUCGGCGAAAGCUUUCUGAAUUCUGCUGCUUUUUAUAUGUGUGCAAACCGACUGGCGCACAUAUUUAUGCAAGAAAUAAACAACACAUUGACACGGCGAAUUGUGCGGUGUCGUGCAAACGAGAGUGGAGUUGUAACAACUACUUCAAUUUAGAGCGCGUAUGUAAUGAUAUAAUUCUUUCAAGAUCUAUCGCCGAACAAUUAGCACUUUUAGCGUAGAAAGGAUGGGCAAACAAAUGGACUGGACUGGUCGACAUAUUUUCGCUUACGUGAUACGUGAUAUAUUCCUAAUUCUGGUUCUCCUUUGCACGAAUCCGUCCGUCAAUCUCACGAGUCACAUACCUUCCUCUCUUAAUUCUAAGUUUUUUGUAAGGCUUAGUCGUAAACGCUUAGAUAUAAAUCAGGAUCUAUUUAUUUAUUUAUUCAAUAUAUUUAUUUAUUUAUUUUUCAUAUACUUUAUAAGUCAGAGCAAUAUAUCAUAAGCAUAUCAACGAGCGAGUACGAUUGCGUAGCACGUUGUAAUGUGUGCUGUUUGGUUGUUAACAUUUAUGAGAAAUCAUGAAUCACGAGUUAGAGAAUUAAUAGAUAUCAUUUAAUCCACGUGCGGAUUAUAAUUCUCGAUAAUAAAUACAAUAUAAUUUGUGUCUUUAUGUCACAUUUAUAUCAUUUUUGAUGAUUGUAAUUAUUACUUUUCAUAUAUAUACUUCAUAUUUUUCAUAUACUACUUCAUAUACUAUUUUUGCACUUUGUGCUUGUAAAGAAUUAUAAGUAAAUUUUUCAUAAAUUCAUUGAUUUAUGUUCUCUUAUUACGCGUAUGAGCGCCUGUAUUUUAUAUACUCUUGAUGGCCCUAUACUGUUAAGUAAUAGAAUGCUUCGAAGCACUUUUCCUUCUUCUCUGCUACAGUUACUCCGAUUAAAACUUUAUAUAUCAAUAACACUAUUGGGCGAUUCAUUUUUUAGUAUUUCCGUAAAUGUUAAGAAAAGAAGUAGCCAAUCUAGCCAUUAAGUGUACUGUUUAUUAAAUCAUAUAAAUUCUAUUUCCAUGCACUUGUUAAACGCAUUUUGUUAAUGUAUAAUAUAGAAUCUGAUAUAUAUAUCAGUUUUAAAUCUAAUGUAGCGAAACGAAAUUUUAUGUUAUUGUAAUUUUAUUAAAUGUGCUGUUUAUUAAAUUAUAUGAAUUCUAUUUCUAUGCACUUGUUAAACGCAUUUUGUUAAUAUGUAAUGUGAAAUCUGAGAUAUGUAUCAAUCUUGAAUCUAAUGAGUAGUGAAACGAAAUUUUAUGUGUUUUUGUAAUUAUAUAUAUAUAUAUAUAUACACAUAUAUGCAGCCAAAGAGGAAUAAUAUAGUAAAUACGAUUUAAAAUCCCGCAGGGACCAUCUCGAUAUAUAUAAACAAAGACGAUUUUAAAUUUUCAUAUCUUCGUGCAGACCGAGAUUUUAAUCUUUUGUAAGAUGCUUAAACCGUCAUCUCUCGCAGCUAUCUAGAUUUUACUUGCGUCUACUAUGCGGAAUAAAUUAAUAAAAUGUGACAAUUAGUUGAUUUAAAAACGAAAAUACCGUGUAAGUAAAAUAGUAUAGAAUUUACAAUUAUGAUGAUUCAAAGUACAACAUUACUUCCGCAAAGUAGAUGAUUUAGUCUUUUUCCAAGCACUGAUCGCUCAUAAUCGUCAUUGUUUUUUAUCGCAAUCUUCCGUGACGAUUAAUGCGGUUGAUUAUAGUUGAUUAGAGUAAUCGAAAUAUUACGCUUAACAAAUGAAACUUGUAACCAAAGUCUUAAUUUUCGAGUUGUUAUCUAUUAGUGAUCAAAUUUUAGGGGAAUGAAAAAUGAAGAGGAAAAUGAAAAAUCGUCGCGAGGACAAACAGGAGUCUAUCCCUGCGGUCCAUUUGACAUGUGAAUAUUAACGGCACAAUAACGACGAUAUUGUUUUUCUAUUGGAUUGGCGCAGUGUCUCAGUGUGCUUUGUCAUUGUGUAACAUUAUAUAUGAUGUAAAAAGACCCAAAAAAUUUACCCAUUUAUGCGGCAGUACGAAAAGUAAGAUGUUUGCUUGAGAACUUGGAAAUUCGAAUGCACAAUUUACGGCAACAAAUCUCUAAAUAGUUCCCGAGAUAAAAGAAAUGAGAAGAUAAAUGUCGUAUUAUAUGUGGACGAUAUUCCAAGAAGAAUCUAGCGAACAUUCAGUAUCUCAAGAACAUGUAGCUAUUUCAUCGUAAAGAAAAUACAUACAAUAGCAAAGCAUGAAUCGGACAAAGUAUACAUAAAAGUUAUAAAAUAGAAUUUUAUUGCAAAAUUUUCACAUACACACACACGUACAUGAUUCUAAAGCAUGAUAGAAAUAAAUCAACUAAUUUUGCAAGAUUGAUAUGUAGAAAAAAAAUAACAUCCAAUAUAUAUAAUAAUAAUAAUAAAAAUAUCUAUAAGAUUAGGAUGAAAAUUUAUUAUGCUAAAAUUGUAAUUCUUUUUCGGACCAUUAACGAAUUUCAAGCAAGAAAAAUUCCUGAAGAAAUUAGUAUAUUAAAGACAAAAUAGAUAACAGCAGUGCACAUAAUUUUAUAAAUUUAAAUAUAAAUUAACAAUUUAUUUUAGAAGAACAAAUUUGCCUGUAAUUUCCUUUCAAUUUUGUUAUUUUUCGUACGACUAAAAUGCGUAGCAAAUUACAGAUUUUUGAAUUUUUUAUGUUGCUAAUAACCGGGCAAAUAUUGAAUAUUAUUGAGAACAUUAUUUAAUUAUUAUUAUAUAUGAUAUUAUAGUCCGAUUCACACUUUUCUUCUCUCGCUUUCGAUAGUGAUCCGCAAAUACGUCUGAUAUACGAAAUGUAUGCGUUAUAGUUGUUAAGCGCUACUUACGAAUAUCCGACAUUAGCUGAAUUUACUGCCAUCUUUUUUUGGGUCUAUGUACGUUUGAGCACUACUGCCAUUUUCCAAAGGAUAGACACGUACGCGAAUGAAAAAAGCCUGUCUAUAGUGUAAUAUAACAUAAGAAAUAAAGUGUAAAUUUAUAUCACGUA